GAAACGUAGUACCGCUUCAGCGAAAGAGAUCGAGUUCGAAAGAUUGAACCACCAGAAAAGCCCAAAUUUGGCACCCACCCUCUUUUUUUGGCCAAAGGCUCUUCUCUGCUUCCUUCACCACCAACUUAAUUCAUUUGGAGACCAUGUCUUCAGCUUCUGCGAAGGGAAGCAUCUUGGUUACAUAUUGGUGCCUCUGCUUUCAGUGCUUGCAUUGUUUGGCUCUCGUAUCAGCUUUGGAAAAUGACAGAAUCCCACCAGCACCGCCGGGCUUGAGUGGAUUGUGUUCGAGAGGCAAUCUCAGUACCUUGGAAGGAUUGGCACAGUGCGACUUGGCCUGCGCUUUUGCUGACUGCUGCUGGAGGACAUCAAGCCCGGCUAUCACAUCUUGUAAUGCGAGCAAUCCUCUUUGUGAUGACUAUCUGGUGUGCAGCAUUUUGGAUCCAGCAAACGCCACAAUAACCCACAGCCCGGUUCCCUGGGCACCAAUUACUUUGAAUGAUGAUUGCUUGCGCAACGGUGAAAAUCUGACUGCCUGUGAGGAUGCAUGUCGUCUUGCUGAGUGCUGCUGGAAGACGGGGACAUGCCUUCGCGAACAGACCGAGGUUUGCAAUGAUUAUGUAUCGUGUGCGGUCCUACUGGGACAAGACUCCCAAGCCCCUACCAAUCAUUCUGCUGACCCAUCAAUUCCCAUUGCGCCCGAAGCCUUGGAAGACUAUUGCACUGUGGGAGCCAUUGAAGGAGAUAUUGGUUCAAGUGGGGUGUCCCGUUGCGAAGACUUUUGUGCCCGUGCCGAAUGUUGCUGGAAGACGGACAGCUGUUUGGCAAGUCAAGCAGUAAAGUGCCAGGGAUACGUAUUCUGUGGAAUACUAUCACUGAAUGAAACAACCAGCUCGCCACCGUUGCCUGAAGCCGCGUCCUACUUGGCAGAUGUAUGUGCACCACAUAUUGUCGCCAACGUCGAAGGUGCUGUUCUUUGUGCGGAUGCGUGCCGACGAGGCGAGUGUUGCUGGAAGACGAUGACGUGCCUGGGAGUUCAUGCAGAGCAAUGCCCUGGUUAUGAACCCUGCAAAGCUCUUUCUGAGUCUGACAACGACGUCGGAGGAAUGCUACCGGUACCAACCAACCAGCCGUCCAGCACAGGAGACGUUGCAGACUACACAGAAGCAUUGAUCAAUGAUGCUUGCCUGAACCACGACAACAGUGUAGUCAAUGUGUGUUCUAGAGUUUGCGAGGGCAGCGAAUGUUGCUUUCACCCCGACAAUCUCGAUGGAACGUACUGUGGUGAUUUUCCGUGCUACAAGUACAGUGCCUGUUUGGUACUUUACCCACUCGCCGAUGAUGCAGUCAACCAGGCUUGCACCAGUGAUAAUCUAUCCGACUGCGCCCGAGUCUGUGGAACCUCAACAUGUUGCUUUACGCAAGACUCUGAAAAAGUUUGUGCAGUGACGAAUCCUGGCAUUGUCUGCAGCUUGUUUGCAGCAUGCGGACGCCUGUAUGUCUCUCCGUAGCUACACGGUAAUUUGUCAACAUAUUCUAGCUUGAUCCACGGUAAAUGCGUUUGCAGAUGUUUUGCUACAUGUACAAAUCACACGAUGGCAAUGCGCCCAUCUUAAUUAAUAAUCUAAUCUUACGG